UUUAUAUAUUAAAUGUCCCACAGAAAGUUUGAGGCACCAAGACACGGAAAUCUAGGAUUUACCCCAAGAAAGAGAACAAAGCAUCACAGAGGAAGAAUCCGAGCUUUCCCAAAGGAUAAUACUAAGGCUCAACCUCAUUUGACAGCCUUUGCAGGAUUCAAAGCUGGUAUGACCCACAUCUUGAGAACUGUCGAAAGACCAGGAUCAAAAUUGAAUGGUAAGGAAGUCGUUGAAGCCGUCACCAUUGUUGAAACCCCACCUUUGGUUGUCGUUGGUAUUGUUGGAUAUAUCGAAACACCAAGAGGAUUAAGAGCUUUGACCACUGUUUGGAGUACUAAGAUUGCCAAGGACACAUUAAGAAGAUUCUAUAAGAAUUGGAUCAACUCAAAGAAGAAGGCCUUCACCAAUUACAACAAAGCUAAUGCUGAGCCAAAGAAUUUGGAAACCUAAUUAAAGAGAAUCGUUAAGUAAAAAUAUUAAUUAAACUAUUUAGAUAUUGCUAAGUUGUCAGAGUCAUUGUUCACACUCAAAUGAGCAAAUUGAACUUGAGAUAAAAGAAGAAUCACGUCUUUGAAGUCUAAGUCAAUGGAGGAAAUACCGAAUAAAAGGUUAACUUUGCCAAGGGAUUAUUAGAAAAGGAAGUCAAAGUAGAUUAAGUCUUCAACUAAAACGAAUAAAUUGACGUUCUCGGUGUCACCAAGGGUAAGGGAGUUGCUGGUGUCAUCAAGAGAUUUGGUGUUAAGCAUUUACAAAAGAAAACCCAUAGAGGUUGGAGAAGAGUUGGUUGUAUCGGAGGAUGGCAUCCAGCCAAUGUCAGAUACAGUGUUGCCAGAACUGGUCAAUUGGGUUACCAUCACAGAACUGAAAUGAACAAAAAGAUCUACAGAAUUGGUGCUGCCGGAGACAAAAACACUGCAUCUACCGAAGCUGAUUUGACUUCAAAGGCUAUCACUCCAUUGGGUGGUUUCCCACACUAUGGUGAAAUUAGAAACGAUUUCCUCAUGCUCAAGGGAGGUAUUGUUGGACCAAAGAAGAGAAUCGUCUUGUUGAGAAAGUCUCUUGUUCCAUAAACUAGCAGAAAGGCUUUGGAAGAAAUCACCCUCAAAUUUGUUGAUACUUCCUCAAAGAUUGGACAUGGUACUAUCUUAAUUCUAUUUUAUUAGGACGUUUCUAAACUCAAGAGGAGAAAGCCAAGUUCUAUUUUACUAGAACUCAAAGAAAAUUAAAGUAAUAGUAACAAUAAUGAUGUAUAAUUACCCUCAUUUAAGAACAUUAUAAACAAGACAAUUUUAAAC